ACAGAGCUAGAGACAACGACACGCAGUCGGUAAGUCGUUUCGGGACUAGUUUAUUCAAACUUCACAGCGCUGGCAUUUAAUCCCUAGCGCCUGCCCUCUCCGGGCUGAAAUGACGUCAGAGGUGCAUUACAAAAGUCUCCCCCGCGCGCUGACUAUUUGUGAGCUGGUUCGCCUGCGCAGAAAGUGGGUCGCAACAACAUGAAAAGUAUAAUUGUUUGUGUGUUUUUAGUUUAGGCAGAUUGUGUUUGUCUAAUAUACCUUGACUUAGGCGAAGAUCAGACCACAUUUUAUGAGUAAUUAAUGCAGAAAACCAGGCAAUUGCAAAGUGUUGGCAAACUAUUUCUUACAAUUGUAUAUUUCAUUAGAUGUUGGAGUAGAUUUGGUAUAUCACCAAGGUCUCUAACAAAUUGUGGUGAGCAUUCUGACUGGUUGCAUGACCAUCUGGUACGCGGGCACCAAAGUACAGAAUCAGAAAAUGCUACAGAGGGUUGUAAACUUAGUCAGCUCCAUCAUGGGCGAUGCAUCAAGAAUGCAGCAUUCAUCAUUAAAGACCUUUGUCAUCCAGGACAUGUCCUCUUCUCAUUAUUAACAUCAGUGAGGAGGUACAAGAGCCUGAUGACACACACUCAACAUUUUAGGAACAGCAUAUUCCCCUCCACCAUCAGGUUUCUGAACAGUUACUGAAUACGUGAACACUAUUUUUCUUUCUUUCUGCACUACAUUUUUAUAUAUAUUCCUCAUUGUAACUUAUAGAAAGUUUUAUGUACUGCACUGUACUGUUACUGCAAAACAACAAAUUUUUAACACGUCAGUGAUAAUAAACCUGAUUCUGAUCUUCAAACAACAGUGGAAUUUGCCCCUGCUCCAGUUUGUUAUGUAACUUAGAAGAGGGUUAGGGGGAAUCAAAAACUCCCCUAAUAAAAAUGCUUUGGGGAAGAAGAAAUGGAAGCUAGCUUGAGAGGAUCACAAGAUAAAGAUGUUAAGGUUAUUAUGUUUGUGCGUAUGUGAGGUGACAAUAGCACUGUCCUUCUCAGAUGACUGUGCAGCCUACAUUUUGUUUAGCAACAGUGUCACAUUCUGGCAGACUCUGAAACCUGUACCUAAACAGUUUGGGCAUAUUUAUCAAUAUAAAAUUGCUACCAAGGAGGUGGGACUUAUACCUUGGGAGGGAGGGUUAAGAUCUUAUCAAGAUCUCAUCUUACAAUGCUUUAAAAAUGAGAUCAAGGAAGAAUUAGAAACUACAGACCAAACCUGAAGACCUAGCACACAAGUUGAAAAAGAAGUGGAGAGAACAUUGCUCCGCUGAAAAUGAGAAACCUGCUGUAUUUGAUCCUCUUUCACUGUAUCUGUCAAUCCAGCACUCUGGAGAAUGAUAUUGAAGAUUUUCUGGACACAACCGAUGAAGAAGUGGACACAACCAAUGAAGAAGUGGACACAACCAAUGAAGAAAUGGACAUAAAACCACUGAAAAUGAUCCUUGAGGCAGAAGACAGAAGGGGAAGACAUUGCGGUUACUGGCAUGGCUCCCGUGUGGUAUUUGAUGUGGAAACCUCUAUAAUGAAUCAUAUGGUGAAUCCCGGAAGAGCCAUAGUUUUUAAUCUGGUCAAUGUCAAUCUGGGCAGGGCAUACAGUAGGAGUUCUGGGAUGUUUAUGGCUCCUAGGUUUGGCAUAUACUUCUUCAGUUAUACUUCACUGCCAUUCAGAGGGCUGCAUACUGAUGUGGUCCUGAUGAAGAAUGGACGGAAAAUCAGUAGGAUCCACAGUGUUCUUGCAAGAAGUACCAGCCAGCUUGCUAGCAAGAAUGCAAUAUUGAAACUCAGAAGAGGAGAUCAUGUGUGGGUCCACCUUGAAAAAGGGAAACUCUGGAGCAAUGACGGAUCAAUUAGUUUCCAGGGAUUCCUACUGACUCCCUUGUGCUAAGUAGCCAGCUGAAAAUGUCAGGGCCAUGCUUAUUGCUGCAACACAAAAGCUUGAUAGACUAGAAGCCAACUUUUCAAGCAAGCCGCUGAAUAUUAUUUCUGUAGUCAGAAAAUAGCAAGCCUAACAUUACAUGCAAGGAAUUUGUCUCACCACACUGAAAAAGAAAGUAGGCUGUCCCUGACAAUCACAGAUGAUUUCAAGUGGGGUUGUGCUUUAAAAAUGCUUAAUAUUUUGUGCUUUUGCAGUAUGUGCUUGAAACAUUGAUCUAGUUCACAGAUAGUGGCUGAGUUAGAGGCAAAACAAGAAGCUAAUUACACAGAAUAACCAAAAGGGGGAAGCAAAGGCACGAACCACUGAAAACUGCAAGUAGAAGUUAAAUUAUGACCUGCUCAGCCGAGAUACACAAUAAUUCCACCUUCAAGAUACAAAAAUGAUGCACACAAACUGUAUUUUUAACAAUGUAAUCAGUAGCUUUUGCUGUUUGCAAAUUUAUCAAUAAAAACCAAAG